ACACAUUCACAGGGCGUGAUGUUGAACAACAGAGGGCGCUAUUUACUUUUGAUUAGUGACACUGGACAAAGUUGAUGAUGGUCGAUGGUUUUGGGACUGAAUGCCACAGACAGAAACUCGGAGUAACCAACGUUAUUUGGGGGCUUUUAGUGGGAUUUGUUGACAAUAACAAAAAUAUAGAGUAUUGCCAGCCUUAUCCUUCAAUGCUAGUGGCCAUCGUCACAGUGGGAAUAUUAGAAGGCGAAUGAAAACAACCUGGAGCCAAGGUACACAUCCACCCAGGAUUGGUGAGCAACAGCACCUGAGCAACUGGAUGUCUACGAGCAUCAGCCAAACACACCGUGGCCCCUGCUUUCUUUUUAUUAUCAGCUAAUUAGUGUGGUUAAUCAGGCUGAUAAUGAGCCUGGGCGCCAUGCCAUUUCAAUCUGACACCAGGCCAGGGUUCAGAUCCCCACCAAACACACUGUGGGCAUCCGAGAUCUCCCUGAGGACGAGUCUUCCUGGACACAAUUGGAGGAGAGGGGUGACAAGGGCAACAAUAAUGAGUGGCGUUUGUUUUGAUCAUAACAGGAAGGCAUAAAUCCACAAGUUUGUGGCUGCAGGGAUGAUAAAAAAACAACUGAAAGAGGUUUAGAAACUCUGUGUCACUUGAUCAUCUGUCUGCAGAGCGCUUUAAGAACAUGUUUGUCUUAUCUCUCUGCAAGCUUUCCAGAUUUUUCUGCCCUUCCUGCUCAGCAGCUGGGGACACUCCAGAGAGAGAGAGAGAGAAAGAAAUUGAUGCUCACUUUAACACAUCCUGUUGACCCCUCACACAUAUCAUAACCCACCUCAGCCCUUCAUUACACACACACCUCUAACAUUUUUUCUUAUCACAGUACUGUAAUCGAAAACAAUCCAGUACUAUCACCGCCCAUCUGCCACAUCCCUCCCUCUCUCCCUCCCUCCUAUUGCUUCACUUGCUCUCGCUCUCUCUGCUGCCUCACUCAUUCCCUGAGCAGCACACUGGACUGGAUAACAUCUCCUUCAACCUGCAGCACAGACUCAUUUCUCUACACACCAGCUCUGAGUGGAUGCUCAGCAGGGGUGUUUGAGAUAUUAGCGCGCUGUGGGGAAAAACGGCUCAGGGACUUCUGCUAUCCACAUACAAAGAGCCGGCAGUCAGGAGGAAUAUGGGCAAAUCCGAAAGCCAAAUGGAUAUCAUGGAGAAAUCAAGUAAACCUGGAAAGCGUCGUUGGACUGUUGCAGAAAUCGGUCUGUCCGUGUUGCUACUGUUGGUCAGCUGUGCCUUGGCCGGGCUGGUAGUCCUCUACACAUCGGUUGUGAAAGAACAAUCUGACAGGCCGAGUGUGUCAAGGAGCUCAACAGUUGAAGGCCAGCUGUUUCGCUCCAACAUCAACAGUGUGUGCACAACUGCGAACUGUGUUACUGCAGCCGCUCGGCUCUUGCAGAACAUGGAUAAGUCUGUCAAGCCUUGUGAUAAUUUCUACCAGUAUGCCUGCGGGGGUUGGCUGGAGAGACAUGUCAUCCCGGAGACGAGCUCCCGUCACAGCGUCUUUGACAUUCUGAGGGACAAGCUGGAGAUUGUCCUCAAAGGUGUUCUUGAGAUGGAGACGGGACAGGACAGAGAUGCCAUCAGAAAGGCCAAAGUCCUUUACAACUCCUGCAUGAAUGACAGCCUCAUAGAGCAGCGUGACUCCCAGCCCCUCCUGAAGCUCAUUGACAGUAUCGGAGACUGGCCUGUGGCGUCGGAUGACUGGAACACCACUACAGAGGAAGCAUGGAGCCUUGAGGACACACUAGCAACGCUUACAGCUCGUUUCCACAAGAAGGUUCUCCUGGACAUGUACGUGUGGACAGAUGAUCGGGACUCUCGGCGCCAUAUAGUUUAUAUUGACCAGCCGGGACUUGGAAUGCCAUCAAGAGACUAUUACUUCAAUGAUGGAAACUACAAAAGGGUUCGAGAGGCCUACCUACAUUUCAUGGUUUCUAUUGCAAAGAUAACCCGAGAGGACAGGAACUUGACUCAGGAUGACGACCGUGUGUGGGAGGAAAUGAUGCAAGUGCUGGAGCUGGAGACAGACAUUGCCAACGCCACAUCACCAGCAGAGGAGCGCCAAGAUGUCACUGUUCUCUACAAUAAGAUGACACUUAGAGAGCUACAGAGCACAUUCAGCUUUAAUGGGUUUAACUGGACACGAUAUAUUCAAGGGGUGCUGUCCAGUGUGUCCAUUGAGAUCCAGCCAGAGGAGGAGGUAGUGGUGUACAGCUCUCCCUACCUUGAGAAGAUGAAUGAUGUUCUCUCCAGACACAGUGUCAGAACUAUGCAGAACUACCUCACCUGGCAGCUCACCAUUGACAGAGUUAACAGCUUGAGCCGGCGUUUCAAAGAUGCCAGAGCCCGUUACAGGAAGACUCUCUAUGGAACAACUGUGGAGGAUGCUUGGUGGCGAGAAUGUGUCCGUUACGUCCAGAGCAGCAUGGAGAAUGCAGUUGGAGCUCUGUAUGUGCGAGAGACAUUUGCUGGAGAAAGCAAACAAAUGGUCAGUGACCUCAUCAGUAAGAUCCAGAAAGCGUAUGUGGAAACACUGGAGGAGUUGAGCUGGAUGGAUGCUCCCUCGAAGGAGAAAGCAAGAGAGAAGGCCAUGGCAAUCAAGGAGCAUAUUGGCUAUCCAGAUCAUAUUCUACAGGAGAGCAACCAGAAGCUUGACCAGGAGUACGCUCAUCUUAAUUUCAGCGAAGAACACUACUUUGAGAACAUUCUCGAGAACCUCAAGUCUGAAGCGCACAAGAGUCUGAAGAAGCUCAGAGAACCAGUUGACCCGGACUUGUGGAUCAUCGGUGCUGCUGUGGUGAAUGCAUUCUACUCACCCAACAGAAACCAGAUAGUGUUUCCAGCAGGAAUUCUACAGCCACCUUUUUUCAGUAAACAUCAGCACCAGGCUCUUAACUUUGGUGGAAUAGGAAUGGUUAUCGGACAUGAGAUCACACAUGGAUUUGAUGACAACGGACGUAAUUUUGACAAGGAUGGUAAUAUGCUAAACUGGUGGAGUAAUUACUCUGCUGAGCAUUUUAAAGAGCAGUCACAGUGCAUGGUGCAACAGUACGGCAACUUCAACUGGAAGCUAGCAGGUGGACAAAACGUCAGUGGAAUCAGCACUUUGGGGGAGAACAUCGCUGACAAUGGAGGGGUUCGUCAAGCAUAUAAGGCUUAUCUAAAGUGGGUUGAGACGGAGGGUGAGGAGCCUCGUCUACCUGGUCUAGAGAUGGAUCACAGGCAACUUUUCUUUCUUAACUUUGCCCAAGUGUGGUGUGGUGCUUAUCGGCCUGAGUAUGCCAGCCAGUCCAUCAAGACUGACUCUCACAGUCCAUUAGAAUACAGGGUGCUUGGAUCUCUCCAGAAUUUUGAAGCAUUCUCAGAAGCUUUCCAGUGCCAAAAAGGCAGUCCAAUGAACCCCGAGCUGAAAUGUCGUGUUUGGUAGAAAGUUUUACUCCUGACGUUUUUAUUUCUUGACCUGAGUAACUCAAAUUAAAAGAGCAAGUUGUACUUCUUAAAACCA